AUGGCGUCCCUUCGCCAUUGGGCGCUCUCCCUCUCGCUCGCCUCGGCGAGCCUGUUUUCAUCCGGCUGCGUGGCUCAAGAUGCAGACGAGCCUCUGCUCCACGCAGAGAUCGGCCGCGCCAACAAUCAAAGUUUGCUAUGGGGCCCCUACCGACCGAACCUCUACUUUGGCGUCCGUCCUCGGAUACCCAAGAGCUUAAUGGCCGGCCUUGUAUGGGCGAGAGUCGACUCUUACACAGAAGUACAGAAUACCUUCCGGUAUACAUGCGAACAGAACGAGGGCAUGGCCGGCUACGGCUGGGAUGAGUACGAUGCACGACGGGGUGGUAUUCAGACUAUUCACGAUUCAGGCAAUGGCAUUGAUAUUACCACGUCAUUUGUAAAGGUGCCUGGUGGCGACAACGGUGGAAGCUGGGCUGUGCGGAUCAAGGGCGAGCCACGGGAGGAAAACCCAGAUGCCAAGACCACGGUGAUCUUCUUCCUUUCCCAAGAAGGGGAGGGGGCUUAUCUCGAGCCGGUGGUACCUCUAGAGGAAGACACAGCCAUGGGUUUUAGCGGCGAUGUCACCCUGAAAGGAAAAGCAGACCGGCUGGGCGACUUCAAGCUGGUGGUGACUAAAGGCAAAGGCGAGCAUCCGAAGAGCGACCAUGUGUUCUCGGAAGAGCGUGACCUUGAAAAGACCACGGUGCAGUCAUUGACGGUGUCAGAAGAGCACAUGUGGCAGGCCAAGGCCGUGGUGAUGCAGCAGAUCAAGAUGAGCGUCGACAAGGUGAUCGAAAAGUUCGAUCCCACCGACCCGCCGCCGCCGUGGCAGGUCUACCAGAUGCAGAACCUGCCCGGCCAGGGCAACGUGCACCUGGUGCAGAAGAUUUUUGACGGCUCCUUUGAAUUCGAUCUCCUCUUCUCGAGCGGAUCUGCUGGCAAGGAGCUUACGAGCGACGAUGUGACCCGAGAGAUCCAAAUGACGAGCGAGGCGUUCAAUGAGCGAUUCUCGUCGUCCUUUGAACUCCAGCAGCCCUUCACGGCGGAUAAGUACAAGAAGUUCGCCCGGAGCAUGUUCUCGAACCUGAUCGGCGGCAUCGGCUACUUCUAUGGCCACGCAGUUGCCGACCGCUCGUACGCCCCUGAGUACGAAGAGGAGAACGAAGGCUUCUGGGAGGAGGCAGCCGAGGCGCGUGCUCGUCACCGACAGAGCCUGGACGGACCGUACGAGCUGUUCACGAGCGUGCCAUCGCGGCCAUUUUUCCCGCGCGGAUUUCUGUGGGACGAGGGAUUCCACUUGCUCCCCAUUGCCGACUGGGACAUGGACCUGACGCUGGAGGUUGUCAAGAGCUGGUUCAACCUCAUGGACGAGGAUGGCUGGAUCGCACGCGAGCAAAUUUUGGGGGCCGAGGCCCGCAGCAAGGUCCCGACCGAAUUCCAGGUACAGUAUCCGCAUUACGCCAACCCACCGACGCUCUUUUUCAUCGUCAACACCUUUGUCGAGCAGCUGCGCAAGGUGGCCAAUGGCAGCGUGGUUCCACCGGCAGAAAAAGGCGAGCGCCUGUCGCAAGACUCGGCCUUCCUGGCCAGCGCACAUCUCGAGAAUCCCGAGGUUGGACUGGAGUACCUGCGCAACCUGUACCCGCGUCUGAGGCGGCAGUUUGACUGGUUCCGGCGGACGCAGUUUGGCGACAUCCGGUCGUACGACCGCGAGGCUUUCUCAUCGCGCGAGGCUUACCGGUGGCGCGGCCGAACUGAGGCCCACGUGCUGACGAGCGGCCUGGACGAUUACCCGCGGCCGCAGCCGCCGCACCCGGGCGAGCUGCACGUCGAUCUGAUGGCGUGGAUGGGCAUGAUGACGCAGUCGCUAGUCAACGUGGCCGACCUGCUAGGCCUGGCCGAGGAGGUCAGCUCGCUCAAGACGAUCCGCGAGGCCAUUGCGCACAAUGUGGACGACCUGCACUGGUCUGAGGAGGAAGGCUGCUAUUGCGACGCGACGAUCGACGACUUUGAGGAAAACAAGCUGGUGUGCCACCGCGGCUACAUCUCGCUGUUCCCCCUGCUGGUCGGCCUGUUGGAACCUAGCAACCCAAAGGUGGGCCGGCUGCUGACGCUGCUGGGCGACAAGGAUGAGCUGUUUAGCCCACAUGGAAUCCGCAGCUUGAGCAAGAAGGAUCCGCUGUACGGGACCGCCGAGAACUACUGGCGCAGCCCGGUUUGGAUGAACAUCAACUACAUGGCCGUUGUGCGACUGCAUGAUUUGGCGACUCAGCAGGGCCCGUUCCGGGCGCAGGCACUCGACCUCUACAGCCGGCUGCGACGGAACCUGGUGGACACUGUCUACAAGAGCUGGGAAGAGACCGGCUUCGCGUGGGAGCAGUACAAUCCCGAGACGGGCAAGGGCCAGCGCACGCAGCACUUUACCGGCUGGACGAGUCUUGUUGUGAAGAUCAUGACCAUGCCAGAUCUGAGUGGCAAUGGCGGCCAUGCCAAGGAUGAAUUGUAG